AUGGAACCUAGGCCGCAGGCAGGAGGCCAUGAAGGCAUAUUAAUAUUCAGGCGUGAUAAAGUAUUAAAGAGAGCUCUCCCCUGUGAGCUUAAUUUCUAUACAAACUUGUUUAACCCAAAUAAUCAAAUUCCUAUUUUGCUAGAAUUUCAAAAAUUUGUUCCAAAAUUUUACGGAUCCCAACUAAUAGAUGGGAGUAAUUACAUAGUUUUAGAAAAUUUAUUAUGAGAAUAUGAGAAUCCUUCAAUAAUGGACUGCAAAAUCGGAAGAGUUACGUGAACUCGAGAUCAUUCACCACCAAGAUGUGUAACUCAGCAAUUACGAGCCUCAAAAACAACCACAUCAAGUUUAGGUUUUAUAUCAUUUUAUAAUGAAAUUCUAUAUUUUAUAUUCCCAAAACAUAAAAAUCAAAUUUUAAAUUAAAAUACUUGAAUAGAAAUCCUAUAAAAAAAUGGCUGCAGUUUUAUAAUAUUUUAAGUAUAUUUUGCAAUAUAUUAUAUAUUUUUUUUUAAAAAAAUAUUUAUUUAGCGGAAAAUGAAUAGAAUAACGGGGCUUUUAAUUAAAGAUCGCGAAGGACAUGUAACUGAUUCAAUUCGGAAAAAACAAGUAUUUGAUAUCACGCCCGAUAACAUUUUGGACUAUUUUGCAAGAUUAGUUAUAAGAGACGACGUUUUUCAAGAAGAAGUGGUUGACCAAUUCAUUAUGGAAACUCAAGAAAUCCUUGAUUGAUUUAGAAAACAAAGAGUUAGUACAUUUUUCACAUGCUCUGUAUUAUAUGUGAACGGCUUUAAUAAAGCGCAAACGAAAUUUAUCGAUUUUUCUUAUGUAUAUGAAUCAGAUGGACAGAGAGAUACCAGUAAGGGUUAUUUAGAUAUGAUUGAAGGGUUAGAAAGCUUAAUUAAUACCUGGGAGAAGCUCAAAAUGAAGUAUGCUAAAUCGUAUUAUUUAUAA